AAAUUUCUUUACAAUUAUAUUGCAUAUAUGUGAUAUAUACAGUGUAACUUAUAUAUAUCACAUAUAUUAAUACAUAUAAAUAUAUAUUAUAAAUUAACACUAUAUUAUAUUUUUAUCAUUGCAUACAUUAAAUCAAUUCUCGUUUCAAUCCACGUUUUCCAAAAUACGAUUUCCGUCAAAAUAAGUACGGGAUGUCGCGAUUGUCUCAUUUCCUCAUAUUUCCCUAAUUAAUUUCUGUGAAGUGUGUUCCGAGGAUAUCUCAGUAGAUUUGUCACGACACCGUUGCGUAACGUAAGUCUGUCUCGGUCUGAUUAACGGUAGCGGAUGUUGUUACCGAUUACAAAAGAAACAACGAUCGCUACCUCGAGUAUGGCUCCCUCGACCAAUCUCUGGUUUUUCCUCAGUGUCGAAUUUUUAAUUGGAACUGUCAUAUCUACUAUCUUAGCUGUUCUCAGUGUAAUAAAAUCAUUUUUACCAAAACCGCCGAGGGACCUGACCGGCGAUGUAGUUUUAAUAGCCGGCGCUUCCUCGACUCUCGGCGAGUUUCUCGCCGAGGAAUUCGCGAAGGGCGGAUGUUCCGUGAUCUGCGUGGAUAAUGACCUCCAAUCGCUCGAGGAAAUAACCGCGAAGCUAAGAUCGCGAUACUGCCGAGUGGAGGAAAUCAGGUCCGAGCACAGAGAGUGCGAGUUGCGGGAAGCAGAGCCGACGAUAGUGGCGUACGAGUGCGACUUGUUGGACUGCAACUCCGUCCGCAAGAUCGCCAAGAAAGUCGAGGACGAAGUCGGCGGCAUUGACGUGCUAGUGACCUGCGCCGGCCAACCAAAUCAGGAUAUCUUCGACACGGCCAGCACGACUCUCAUGAGCCACCAUUGGGCGACGUUGGCAUUUUUGCCGUACAUGCUACAACGCGACCGGAGAGCGUACGUUGUCGGAAUCACGCCGGUUGCGUCCACUGACGACGGAUACUUGGCUUCGAGGACCGCGAUCACUGGUAUUAUGGAAAGCAUAAGUCAAGAAUUAAGCAACCACAGCAGUCGCCUCACUUUCCUCGCGGUGUCACCGACGAUGGAGCACGGUUCAAUGAGGGAAAGCGAGCAACAAGUAGCCAAGGAGGUCGUUCAAGCGAUCAGGAGGGACCAGUGCAAUGUGCACAUCAGUUGGAGCUCCAAGAUACUAUACCGACUAAGCCGCAUGAUGUACGGUGCAAUCACGGCGGUCACACAAUAGCUUCACACGCGGGGAUGCGAUUAUUCCCUUUAAAUCCUGUUCUUGCUCAUGAAGCGUGAAGCAUUCCAGAGUCGACCGCCGACAUGAGUGUGGGAAUUCGCGUUUUCAACGUCGGAGAAUUUACUCCAGCUGGACGGCAAAAAGCUUUAACGAUUGCCCGAAGCUCGAGUAACGAGUGCCUUCCCACGAGUAGUGCAAGGAUUCAUAAACGUAUUCGAAUAGUUCAAGUGUUUACGUAGACUCGAUAAACCAGCUGUCGCGAUUUUGAGGAGAAAUUUUUACCAAGGAUACUCAAACUUCUUUGUUCACGAAUGCGCACAACUCGUCCGUACAUUUUUCAUCGUUCAUCUAGUGUUUAAAGUUUACCAUGUUAUUUACAAAUUUCAUCCAUACAUGAUAUUCAUCAUCAACUUGUUAUUAUUAUUUAUUUGUCAAUCAGAUCGCGUGUAAUCAUGAUCCUAAUAAACUCAAAUGCCAUGUGUGCUUCCUCCGCAUA